CCUAGACAUCGUUCAUAAUACUCUUCUGACAUAUCCUACUCAUCAUAGAUCGACAGAUAUAUACAAAAAAAAAAAGGAAAAAAAAGGUAAGUAGUCCUCUUUUAUUUUUUAUUUUUUUAGUUUAUCUGUUGAUUAGGGCCGGAGGAAAGUAUUGUUGGGUUGGUUACCUACCUACGUUUUCCCUCCCACCCACCCCUUGCAUGCAUCCCGGUUCGGUACAGUGCCACGUCAGCAGCRCCACGUCACAGUGCCAGAUCAGCAGUGCCACGUCAGCAGUGCCAGGUCACAGUGCCACGUCACAGUGCCAGAUCAGCAGUGCCACGUCAGCAGUGCCAGGUCAUAGUGCCACGUCAGACUCAGUGCCACAUCAGACUCAGUGCCACGUCAGCAGUGACGUCAGAAACAGUGCCAUGUUCUGGCACUUUGAACCGAACGGCGACGAGGCAACACCACAAGAGAAGCACAAGGAGUUCCUCUCCAAACUCGUGACAAGGUUGUUGUACGCUUGCAAUUACCAACGGUCAGAGUUGGAGAGACAGUACCAGGACCUGACGCAACAACAUCAGGAGUUGGCAAAGCUCCGCCGCAUAGUGCAGAGCCACGAGGAUGCAACUCGGGCACUCAAUGCCCGAUUACUGGACCUGGAACAGGCUGUACCAGGACCAGCUGUUGGGGCUUCCAGCAGUGCACCCUCUAGCUGCCAACUGGAGGACCGUGUUGACCAUGUAGUGGCAAUGCUCGGCGACAUCAGCACUUUCGCUGCGCCGACCACCACCAUCAGCAGUCAGCUGCAUACAUUGAAGACCGAGGUCCAACAGCUGCAGUCGACGAACGCGGACGACAAUCCGAAGAUGUACAAGAUGCCAACUUUCAACCUGGAGAGGUUCGAUGACUACACGCAGCAGGAUCCGGUCCUCUGGUGGGAAGCAUUCACAACGCAACUCAGGAUUCUGCCCGUAGCCAAGCAUGCGUACAUCGGCGCCCUGUUCCUGAACUCAAAGGGCGGAUGCCAGACCUGGUUGAGCCACCUGGCAACCUCCCACGGCGUCGACGUACCAGACUUGAAGGACAAAAUCACAUGGGAGGAACUGACACGACUGUGGAAGAAGCGGUUCAUCGUUGACGACGCGCCGACACUCGCCAUCAACCAUUUGUUCACCAUGUCACAGGGCAACACUGCAACACGGGAUUGGCUCACAGAGUGGCAGAAGAUUGUGGCAGUGCCCAAUCUGGAUCUGCCUUUCACUCAUCUCAGACGUGAGUUCUACAACAGGUCCUGUGCUGCAUUGAGCCAGGCCCUUGGUGAUCGCGAGCAGUACUCCACUUCCGCCGAGAUUAUCGACAAGGCGAGAGAGAUCAUCAAGACCAACAGACGAUCAGGAACGCCGGCCCUCUCCCACGCAUCGACGACCUUCUCGAGCGAUUGGGCGGCGCCCAGUUCUUCUCUAAGCUGGAUCUCAAGUCAGGGUACCCACCAACUCGAGAUUCGCAAGGAGGAUCGCUACAAAACCGCGUUCAAGACACGGUAUGGGCAUUUCAAAUGGCUGGUCAUGCCGUUCGGCCUUACGAAUGCCCCAACCACUUUCCAAGCGGCUAUGACAACGGAGUUCCGACACAUGUUGGAUCGGUUUGUACUCAUCUAUCUCGACGACAUCUUGGUGUAUAGUCGGAGUUUGGACGAGCAUGUGGAACACCUGCGCACCGUUUUGGAGCGGCUACGACAAGCCAAGUACAAAGCAAACCGCGACAAGUGCGAGUUCGCACAGCAGGAGCUGGARUACUUGGGACACUAUGUGACGCCGCAAGGCAUCCGUCCGCUUGCGGACAAGAUCGAGGYCCUACGAGUAUGGCCCGAGCCCACCAACACCACGGACGUUCUCUUGGAACAGCACGACGGCGACGACUGGCACCCUGUGGAGUAUUUCAGCCACAAAGUGCCUCCCAUCAACUCGCUUGAUGAUGCAAGGAAGAAGGAGCUGCUCGCAUUCGUGAUGGCUCUCAAGCGCUGGCGGCACUUCCUUCUUGGGCAUCGUAGGUUCACAUGGGUCACAGACAACAAUCCAUUGACCUACUAUAAGAUGCAGGACACGGUGAGCAGCACGAUCGGACGAUGGAUUUACUUCAUCGACCAAUUUGACUUCACACUGAAACAUGUCCCCGACCUCUCCAAUCGCGCAGCAGAUGCACUCUCGCGAAGACCUGAUCUUUGCGCUAUGACACAUCAUGCCUUCGCAUUCGACGAGGAGCUUCAGCGACACUUCAUCCGGGCAUAUCAGUCUGAUCCGGMCUUCGGCACGCUCUAUGCACAGCUAUCUUCGGAUCACCCGUCGGCCAGCCAUUACCGCAUUGUCGACGGGUACUUGCUCCUCCACUCGAGAGGCAAGGACUUACUAUGUGUCCCACGCGACCGUCGUCUUCGGACUCGCCUCCUUGGCGCUUAUCAUGAUUCACGACUCGCCGGCCAUUUCGGAGUCAACCGCACUAUUGCACGACUUCGACAGCGAUUCCGAUGGCCCGACCUCAUUACCGAUGUCACUCGGUAUCGCGACUCUUGCGAAGUUUGCCGACGCAGCAAGCCCCGCAACCGCAAUCCCUACGGCGAGUUACACCCGAUGCCUAUCCCACGGGAACCCGGUCUCUCCAUUGCCAUGGACGUCACCAGUCCGUUUCCUCGCGACCGGCUCGGGCACGACGGCCUCCUCACGGUUGUGGACCGAUUGAGUAAGUACGCGCGUUUUCUCCCUUGCAAGUACUACUCCACGGCUCCCGAGCUGGCACGCCUCCUGCACACUGGUUGGAUUUGUGGCCACGGUGUACCAGAAGACAUUGUAAGCGACCGCGGCACUCGUUUCAUGUCGGUGUUUUGGACUGCUCUCAUGCAGGAGUCCGACACAACAAUGAAACCAAGUUCGGCUCGACAUCCUCAGACAGACGGGCAGACGGAGCGGGCACAUCAAACCGCUCAAAUGAUGCUUCGUACGCUCAUCUGUCAGGACCAGAAAGAUUGGGUUGAACGCCUCCCCGACAUCGAGUUCGCCUACAACACUUCGGUGCAUCCGGCGAUCGGCGUGACUCCAUUCGAGUUGCACCACGGUGGACGGAAAGGCCGGAUCUUCGCCGACCUUCUCCUCCCUCGACCAGCCGACAUUGACGCUGCCUGCUCGCCCGCUUCCGUCUGAAAGUACAGGGAAUUGCUGACUCAAGCCCGCACAAAUU